CUCUGGGGAGCGUCCCCUUCGCCUCCGAGCUGACCCUGUCGUGGGCAGUGUCGUCUGGGCGGCGCUGCGGAGACCUCCACUCAGGACGGCUCCCCCUCCCCGGGCCUCUCCCCUCUUACCCGCGAGUCCCCUCACCUCGUGGGCCUAUCGGAUCUGAUAUCGUGGGGUGAGGUGAGAGCAGGCCCGGGGAGGGUGGUUACCGCUGAAGAGCCGUAGUCGCGGUCAAGAUGAUAGAGGUACUGACAACAACUGACUCUCAGAAACUGCUACACCAGCUGAAUGCCCUGUUGGAACAGGAGUCGAGAUGUCAGCCAAAGGUCUGCGGCUUGAGACUAAUUGAAUCUGCACACGAUAAUGGCCUCAGAAUGACUGCAAGGCUAAGGGACUUUGAAGUAAAAGAUCUUCUCAGUCUAACUCAGUUCUUUGGCUUCGACACGGAGACAUUUUCUCUAGCUGUGAAUUUACUGGACAGAUUCCUGUCCAAAAUGAAGGUACAGCCCAAGCACCUUGGGUGUGUUGGGCUGAGCUGCUUCUAUUUGGCUGUUAAAUCAAUAGAAGAGGAAAGGAAUGUCCCAUUGGCAACUGACUUGAUCCGAAUAAGCCAGUAUAGGUUCACGGUUUCAGAUAUGAUGAGAAUGGAAAAGAUUGUAUUGGAGAAGGUGUGUUGGAAAGUCAAAGCUACUACUGCCUUUCAGUUUCUGCAACUCUACUAUUCACUCAUUCAAGAGAACUUACCAAUUGAAAGAAGGAAUAGCCUUAAUUUUGAAAGACUAGAAGCUCAACUUAAGGCAUGCCACUGCAGGAUCAUAUUUUCUAAAGCAAAGCCUUCUGUGUUGGCAUUGUCUAUCAUUGCACUGGAGAUCCAAGCACAGAAGUGUGUAGAGUUAACAGAAGGAAUAGAAUGUCUUCAGACACAUUCCAAGAUAAAUGGCAGAGAUUUGACCUUCUGGCAAGAACUUGUAUCCAAGUGUUUAACUGAAUAUUCAUCUAACAAGUGUUCCAAACCAAAUGUUCAGAAGUUGAAAUGGAUUGUUUCUGGACGUACUGCACGGCAACUGAAGCACAGUUACUACAGAAUAACCCACCUUCCAACAAUUCCGGAAAUGGUCCCUUAAUUGGAUUGUUACAGCAACAAAAAGCUCUUCUCUGAAGCCUUUCUCCACAAGCCUUUCUCUGAGCAACAAAAAGCUCUUCUCUGAAGCCUUUCUCCACAAGCCUUUCUCUGAGCUAUGGAUUCCAUAAUGUUUUAACAGAUUUAAGCUGUGAAGCCUCAGAACAUCACAACUAGAUUAGCAUUGAUGUUCUCAGAUUUGGCAAAACUACCUAAUUAAUAAGCUGUAGGGGAAUUAAAAUAAAUUUGAAUUCAUCUGUGAGGCAUACAAUUCAAAGCUAAGAGCAUAAAUGUGAAAUGUUAAUAACAAGCCUGGGAAGGUGAACUGUGAAUCUUCAUUUCUAACAUUGACCCAACCUUCUAUAUUGGGUCAGUAUAUUGUAUUUAGAUGGUAUUAAAAGUGGUAACCUAAUUAAAUUCUAAAUUAGGAGGUAGACAUCAAAACCAACAUUUCACAAAUGCACUUUUAAGGCUUAACAAGGGUCACUAUUCAAGGCAGUGAAAAUGGUUUCUUGGUACCUGUAGUGCAAGUAAUAGAUAAUCCAGAGAUUGAACUUUAUUGAUACAUGGGAAUUACACUUAAAUUUGAAGGCAUUUUAUAAAAAUAAAACUACAGGCCUAGUCAUUUUGGCAUACUAAGUUAUCUUUAAUAUUUUUUCUAAAAAAUAGGUAAUGUUUGUGUCCAUGAUAAUAAUUACAUAUCUACUGCCUCCAUCUAAUCCCAUCAAGAAAAUUUGUUCUUAUUGUGUGAGUAGUUCAAAAUAACUUCACUCCAAAAAUUUCCUGAUUUAACACUCCAGAAACUUUUACUGAGGGAUGUUUUUAUAAAAACUGCUAUUGCUUCUAAUUUAGAAUUUUUAAAGGAAGAGAAUAUACUUUCAAUAAUUGCCCCUCCUGUGCCAAAAGAAAGUCUUUGAAAAUGUAAGUAGGCAUCUUCAUAAUUAUGAAGUUGCUAAGGUAGUAUUCAAGAUUUUCUAUUAAGUCAGUGACUGUAAGGAGAUCUACAGCAUUAAAAGUGUUGUAGACAGUUACUCAGUGCAGCAAGUAGCCUGAGUCCAUCCAUAAUGGCUGUACCCAGUUCUGACAUCAUGUUGUGGGUAAAUGUGCACUAGAAAAUAAACCAAAGAACCACAAUAUAUCUUACAGUUUUGUGAACUGUGUUUUGUGAAUAACUUCAAUUUUCCCAAAAGGCUGAUAUAUUUCAAUAAUUGACUACAUCAAUGUUAAUUUUGAGUUGGCAGAGGUAGCCUAACCAACUACCAUUAUGUUUUGGUACUAAGGGAUAUACCUUUCAAUAAAGUCAUUGAAAUGCA